GGCGGCGCGGUGGCGGCGGCCCCGGGGGAGCGGGCGCCGCGCGCGCUCCCAUUGGCCGCCCCGCCGUCAGCUGCUCCUAUUUUCUGCUGUCGCUUUUGGCGCUCGGCCAUCCAGAAACAAACCACUUCGAUGACUCCUAAUAGUUAUCGCCAGAUGUACUAAUACACAACAAAUCACGGUCCGGGAGAGGGGGAGAGCAAAUGAGUUCCUAUUUUGUGAAUCCCACUUUCCCGGGGAGCCUGCCCGGGGGCCAGGACUCCUUCCUCGGGCAGAUCCCCCUGUACCCGGCGGGCUAUGAUGCUCUCAGGCAUUUUCCGGCUUCCUACGGGGCAAGCAGCCUGCAGGACAAGACUUACACCUCACCUUGUUUCUACCAACAGUCCAACACCGUCAUUGCUUGCAGUCGGGCUUCCUAUGAGUACGGAGCCUCUUGUUUUUAUUCGGACAAGGACAUUAGUAGCGCCUCUCCUUCCGGCAGUGGCAAACAGAGGGGGCCCGGGGACUACCUGCACUUUUCUCCCGAUCAACAGUACAAAACCAGCGGCGGCCAAGCCAAAAUUAUAAAUGACGAAGGCACCGACCGGAAGUACACGAGCCCUGUUUACCCCUGGAUGCAGCGGAUGAACUCCUGCGCUGGUACAGUAUAUGGAACACAUGGGAGACGAGGGAGGCAAACUUACACCAGAUACCAAACGCUAGAGUUAGAGAAGGAAUUUCAUUUUAACAGAUACUUAACCCGAAGACGACGUAUUGAGAUUGCAAACGCUCUCUGCCUUACUGAACGCCAGAUUAAAAUAUGGUUUCAAAACAGGCGGAUGAAAUGGAAAAAGGAAAACAAAUUCAUAAAUUCCACACAGCCCAGCAGCGAAGAAACAGAGGAAAAGUCAGGGGAGUAG